GUAUUGCAACAGUGCGUUUUUCCGGACUUUUUUUUCAAUGCUGGCAGUACCAGAAUUAACCAACACAACUGCUUUAAAAAAUCGUCUCCUUUGUUUGGAAGAGUUUUUUUGAGCUUGAGCCUUUGUGACGUUUUAACAAAAAAAAGGUUGUUUCCACAUUUUUUUUUUCAUUUUUGUUUCCCUUGGCGCCUCAACCAAAGCAAUUAAAACGUUUUGAAUCUCAUAAGAUUUCGAGGAAAAACAACUAAUUGAAAUUUUAUUUCAAAUUAGACCCUGUGAGAUUCUAUUUUGAAUACUUAGAUCUGAAUUUUGCUCAAAUUGAAGCAAUAAAGAUCUAAGAAACCAUCUUUUCCAUUUAUGUUCAAUUACAAGACCUGUUGAUUUCUAAAAAAAUUAAAUCGCUUCAAUUUGGUUUAAAAUGGUUUUUGUGCUAUUGCUUAUUUCAAAAAAGCCGGUCUUUAUAAGAAACUUAGUGGGGUUAAUGAUGACUGUGUGGGGAUGUAGUCGAGGGGAGAACCUACAAGGGGGUCUUCGCAGCAGGGGGGACAGUCUGUUCAUUGACGAUGGCGACGGACGCAAUAUCUAUCUUUUCCAGCCUACAAACUUGUACAUGCAUGACGAGUACAUCACUCUCCCCUCUGAGGUGGAAGCAGUCACUGGGGUGGACGAUGACGUCACUAUCCGGUGUCGCUUCGGGGGCUUCCAGCCGCCCCGGCCAGAGAACAGCCACAUGUGGAGCAUCAGCUGGACCAAGCUGGGACGCGACUUCUCCCUCCUCACGAACUUCGCCGGGCAGAUAUUCAGCAAAAAUGAGGACAGCAAGUAUUCGUUUGUGAAUAUGUCGGAUGGGAGUGGGGAGUGUUCUAUGCGGAUAGGCGACGUGGGGGAGGGGGACCAGGGCAUCUACCAGAUAGAGAUCAAUUACAAUGUGCCCCUCAAAAAACAAGUCUACCUAUAUAUGACAGAUCCGGCUGGUCCGACGGGGGUGGUGGUGAACAGUACUCUAGGGGAUGAUGGGAUGAUUCUGCAGAACGAACCGACAGUCAAACUGAACUGCUUCGUGUUCGGAGCACACCCCAAGGUGGGGUUUGUGGUUUGGAAAAAGGACAACGACCUGUUGAAUAUGUCAUCACUAGCUGGCAAGACGACCGAUGGAGUCAUUGGUCCCCACCCCUCAUCUUCAUCAUCUUCGACCUCCCCCCGCCGCUUCAUGACUGCAGCAGAAAAACAGGGGCGCCACUUCGAGCAUUUCUCCCUCACUCUGCUCAAUGUGCAGUUGGAUGACUCUGGUCUCUACAGCUGCGAGGCCCACAACCCCUUCGGAUCUGUCAAGGGCAGCACGCGCAUCAACGUCCGAAGCCAGCCGAACAUUGAGUUCAAAGUGGUCCCCUCCCCCUACGCCAAGGUGGGGGAGCGGAGGGUGCUCCAGUGCAGCGACAGCCACGCCUCCUUCCCGGAACCCACUCUGCAAAUAGAGCAGCAGUGGGACAGCAAGAUGCUGGCCAAAUCCAGGGGCCACUUGACCGCUUUUGUCAUUGGAAGGGUGGGUCGGGAUCAAGCGGGAGUGUACGAGUGCAAAGCGGAGAAUGAGGAGGGAAAAGUGAUGGCUGUCACUCAGCUUUUCGUCCAGUACCUGGACAUGUAUCUGUUGGUUCCUGCGAUUGGACAGCCCAAUGGAUCCCUUCUAGUAGCCCAGGAUGACCUCCUGUUUGUCAGCUGUGUCGUCAAGUCAUCCCCCCGCGCACACAUCUCCUGGAUCAGAAAAGAUAACCCCAGUAAGAUUCUGGCUGAGACGGACGGGGCCUCUGAGCUGGCUCUGAAAGUGCAGCCGGUCACCAAGAAGGACGUGGGGGUCUACAGGUGCACGGCCAAAGUCACCUUCCACGACAAGUCAGCGGAGUUCCGAUUCAGAGACGUCCGCAUAUCAGUCAUAAGAGCUGCUCGUAUUCUGCGAAUAGUGCCCACACCCGACAAAGAGAGCGUGAUCACUUUCAACGAAGACGAGACUGCGAGAGUGCAGUGUGUGUUCUCGGAUGGAUACCCCCCUAGCAAGGCCCAGUGGCUACUCAAGGGGGACCCAGUACCCACUGUCACAAGAUCCACCUCGACUAAGGCUAAAGAAACACAGGGCGAGACGAAAGAGGGUGAGGGCGAGGAGGUUGUACAUGUGCUCACACUCAUUCUGCAGAAGUUAAGGCCAGAGGAUUCUGGUCGCUACAUCUGCGAAGUGACCAACAGUGAGAGCCCCGCCUCAGUGCGCCAGGUGGACGUGGCCGUGAAAACUGUUCCGCGGGUGGUGCUGCAGGUGUUGCCUCUCUCGGUGGCAGUGCAGGGGGAGAACAGGACAGUCUCGUGUGUGGACACAGCCAACAGCUACCCUCCCCCCGAAAUGUACCUCAGCCAUCACGGCCAAAUGGGCACGGUAUUGAAGAGUAGCAGCAACCACUCUCUCAUCUUCCCCCUGGACAACAUCCAGCCCCACGUGGGGGGAGUGUGGACUUGUGGGGCCACUAACGAGGUCGGAAGCUCCGUGGAGGUCAACACUACCGUCAUUGUACACUUCAAGCCAGUGCUGGAGUUGACAGCAGACAAGACAGAGUUGAAGGAGGGGGAGACAUUUGAGGCGAGUUGUGUGUCCACCUCCUCCCCCUCCCCCACCCGCAUGCAGUGGCUACACCUCAACACAGGCAUAGUCCUCACUCAAAUACCCCUGGGCGGCAACCCCAAUCGACGCACCCACUCUGUACCACACUACAGACGGAAAACAGACGCGGCCUUCCCCUCCUCCUCCGUGACGAAACUGGACCUGGUGCUGCCCCGCAUCUCCCCCCAGAAGAGUGGCACUCUGGUGUGUGUGGGGGAGAAUGAGAUGUACAAUGGACAGAGACUGGUCUCCAGGAAGUCACUCAACCUCACUGUUCAAAAUCCUCCAAAAAACAUGCAUAUUUACCCCCACGUGGACAAAGUAACUGCUGCGGAGGGGGACGAUGUGCAGCUUAAAUGUGUGUACGACGAAGGACUCCCCGCUUCCCUCACCGAAUGGACCUUCAGAUCCCACGGAAGGAUCACAAGUGCUGCGGGUGGCCAAAAAGGAACGCCUGGAGUUUUUGGUGGCGCUUCGGAGGACUUGGUUCGAGUGUCACCUUCCAGGUCCAAAGUGGUGGAUGGGAUUGGGUACUCGUGGCUGGACGUGAACAGAAUCACCAAGUACCAGUCUGGAGUCUACACCUGCAGCGCCUGGAGCUCGCUUUUCCCCCUCAAAAUCAACAAGACCAUAUCAGUCGAUGUAGUGUAUCCCCCCACCAAGCCCAUCCUGGAGCUGCGCUCCCCUCAAACCCUGCAAUUUCCGAGGGGGACAUUGAAAGCGAAGUGUACCUCCAACUACAGCAACCCGAAGGCAGUUAUCCACUGGUAUCUGGAGGGGGUGCAACUGAUCGACGAACAGGGGGGAGGGGACACUGUCAUUGUCAACUCAGAUGACUUAAUUGAGGAAGGGGAGACUGGAGAAAGAGUGCAGCUGAUGGCCACAUCUAGUCUGGCUACUCCGGCUCUGAGGAGCAUGGACGGCAAGAGUCUCUGGUGCCAGGCACACAACUCCAGAUUCCCAAACUCACACUCCAUGUCCAACAGGGUACCCCUAGAAGUACUCUUUCCGCCUGAGAUUAAAUACACGAAGAAUGCCUACCCGAUGUCACACGAGUCAGCUACGAUUGAGUGUCUAGCUCAUGGCAAUCCGACCCCCACCAUUAACUGGUACUACGACUACCCCUCCCCCUCCUCCAACAAAGGACCCCUCAACACCACAGACAACGUCAAAAUCGUCACGGAAGUGAACUCUAACCGGAAGAAAGUGUUGGGCAAAUUGACAGUGGAGGAGAUAGGCAAGAGUGGCAGUGGGGGCAGGGGGUUGUUGGGAUCUUACAGGUGUGAGGCAACGUCCGCCCUCUCCACCGACUUCAAAGUGUCCGAGAUAGUCAACAUCACUGAAGCUGUUCGACCGAGUGCCCCGUCGGUUACUGGAGUGGCUGAAAAUGUUGGCAUGCUCUCAGUCAAUGUCACGUGGCAGCCGCCCAGAGACCAGUCACACCUGAAGAACGCAUGGUUCCAGGUGGGCUACCAGACUGAGUACCGCAGCUUUUCUUCUCCUAUCCACCCUUCUCAAGGUCACGUCGGGGGUAGUCAGUCCCCCCAACCCCAUCCGUCGGAGAGCACGAUUGUCACUUCGGUAGUGGAGGAACAGAUUCCUCCGAACGUGUUCGAGUACACAGUAAAGGGUCUCGUGGGAGGAAGGAAGUACACCGUGCUUGUGAGGACUUGCAACAAAGUCGGCUGCAGCAAUUCCGACUUCAAAUCCAUUCUACUUUCAUUCGUCUCAAAGUCGUCUCUCGUUGUCUCGCCCAAUUCGGGAGGAAGUACCCCACGACAUGGAGAACUGGGGUCUGACUCGGCUCAACUAGGGGUAAUCGGAGGGCGAGACGGGGGUCCCCAAAUGACCAUUCUGGAAAUCAUCUUACUCCUGGUGAUUGGAUGUCUCUCCAUUGCUCUUUUGUAUCUCUUGGGAAUGCUGAUGCUCUCAAUUCGAAAGAUAAAAACUCUGCAGGAGAAGACUCGAAUCCUCGACACCCCCUCAUUUGCAGCCAUGCCUAAUGAUUUCGUAGUUGGCACUAAUUGUAGCUCACCGCAGAAAAUUGGGCCUCGUAUGAUGGCAUUUGGAUCUUCGCAUGAUUAUAGUCACACUCAAAGAGGAUUAGGAUCUCCCCCUUGUCAAACUACGACUCUACUUCACGGUUCAUACAGGGACACAUCUCGCAUAUAGACGAGAGGGGAGGGGGACAUCGUACUCAAAACAUGACUGGAUGUACACCAAAAAGGAACCAUACAAAGAGACAUUAAUUGAAAUUGAAUCGCCUGAUUUACAAUUUUCCUAUUUUUGUAAGGUUUAUUAAAAAUUGAUGUAAUAUCUCAUAUAUAUUUAUUUGCAAGAUUCCCAAUUAUUUAAUCAGAAAUAGUGCAAUUAAUGUAGCUCUGCAGUCUAUUUAUUCAAAAAUAUAUUUCGCCUCCAAA